GGCGUGAGCGCAGAGUCUUAAAGGCGCAGCCGCGAAGAGACACGUUGCUGCUUUUCCCGGCGAGAUCGUUGCUAACGGGGCGGAGGCGAGGAGGCGGCGAGGCCGAAAGCACCGCUUCUGAAGAAGGAGGAGGAGGCGGCGGCUGCAUCGCACUCCUUGCUACUGGGUUUUUCCUUCCUCCACGGCGCCUAGUCAUUCCUCCUCCCCCAAACCGGUUGGGCAAAAAGCAGCGACAGAAGGCGAAUCCACUCCAGAGUGGGUGCAGAGGAAGGCAGGCGCAGCGAUCCUUGCUUGCCUCCACCGCGCGCAGGGACCGGAGGAGAUCGGGGAGAGGCAGCCACGAAGCAAGCCCUGGACCGAGAGGCGUGGGCGGCGCCCCCCUUCCCGAGCCCGGUGGCAACGGAAGUGUUCUUCCACGCGGCGCCGAGAGACCAGACCGCGGCUCGGCACUCCCUCCCUCCCUCCGCUAUAGCUCGCCACGGUGCCCUGCAGAAAACGCGAGGAGGCAGCCGCCGCCGCCGCCGCGGAUCGGGGGGAAGGAGGCGUCUCGCUCUCCCUGCUGGAGCAGCAUAACCGGGCGGGCUUGGCAAACCUGGCCAUGGCGGCGAUCCGCAAGAAGCUGGUGGUGGUCGGGGACGGGGCGUGCGGCAAGACGUGCCUGCUGAUCGUCUUCAGCAAGGACGAGUUCCCGGAGGUCUACGUGCCCACCGUCUUCGAGAACUACGUGGCCGACAUCGAGGUGGACGGCAAGCAGGUGGAGCUGGCGCUGUGGGACACGGCGGGCCAGGAGGACUACGACCGCCUGCGCCCGCUCUCCUACCCGGACACGGACGUGAUCCUCAUGUGCUUCUCGGUGGACAGCCCGGACUCUCUCGAGAACAUCCCCGAGAAGUGGGUGCCCGAGGUCAAGCACUUCUGCCCCAACGUGCCCAUCAUCCUGGUGGCCAACAAGAAGGAUCUGCGCAACGACGAGCACGUCCGCAACGAGCUGGCGCGCAUGAAGCAGGAGCCCGUGCGCACCGAGGACGGCCGAGCCAUGGCGCUGCGCAUCCAGGCCUACGAUUACCUCGAGUGCUCGGCCAAGACCAAGGAAGGCGUGCGGGAGGUCUUCGAGACGGCCACGCGGGCCGCCUUGCAGAAGCGCUACGGCAACCAGAACGGCUGCAUCAGCUGUUGCAAGGUGCUAUAAUCAGGCGGAGGGGCGGCGGCGAAGGCGGCGGCGGCGCCUUCGGAGGGGCUGGGACGGGUUGGAAAGCCCCGGUGUGGGGAGAACCGCGCGCAGAACAACCACGGGGGGAAAGGGGUUCGG